AUGUCAACUUUAUCAUGUACUUUAGACUCGGAGUGGGAGGAAGGUGACUGGCCAUCAGCUAGGGCGCGUCCGGACUCCCUGGAGGCGCUGGUCAGGGCCACCAGGUUCUCGAGGGCCGAGCUAAAGAGGAUCUACCGCAGCUUCAAGGCCCACUGCCCCUCGGGGCUCGUCACGGAGGACUCUUUUAGGUCCAUCUAUUCUCUGUUCUUCCCCCAAGGAGCAGUAGGUAGCGGGACAUUUGGAGUCCCCCAAAAUGGAAAUUAUUGGGUUCAUAAAUACCUUAGCGAUACAGGGACCGCUAUCCAGGUCAAUACCAAAUGGAACACUCUAA